UUUAGUCUAAUUCCUCACUGCCACCAAACUUGAAUUCAAAUGGAUUAAUUGGUUCUUUUGUUUUGGAAGCCAUAAGAGUCAGAAACACACUAAGAAAACAAACUUUUUUCAGUUUUCUGGAGUUCGUCCUUGUUUUAGUGGCCAUUUUCUAUCUUUCAGGCCAUAUAUCAUUCAUUUAUUCAUCUUCAUAUGGAUAGUAGUGGAUGAGGCCAGUAUGAAUAGUUUGAGCUUCAUUGAUAGAUGAUGAUAUAAUGGGGAAACAAGCAAUCUUAGGAAUGAAAGAUUACAAGUUAGGGGUUGGUUUCCGUUGGCAUUCGAAGACCUUGUUGCUUCAUGGGCUGAAAAAUGAUUCCUCAAAGUACAAUUCUGUUAGGGGGUUCUAUGUUGGGAAAAGGCACAUCAGGAUCAUUGGUGUCAUGUUUGGAUUGUUGUGUUGCCUUCUCCUUCUUGAUUCUCUUGUCAUUUCCUUUUUUGAGUUUGCUAAUCUUCAACCAAGUACAGACUCAAAUAAUUCAAGUUUGUCUCAGGGUAGAGAUUGCUACACCAACAAGAAACAAUCGCCUGUAUACAUGUAUGGUCGGCUUCUAAACUUCGCUUCCAGUGCUCUCGCACAGAGGGAGUUCAAGCAGGAGUCAUCCCACUUAUGGGUGGAACCAUUUAGACAAGCAUCUUCAUGGAAACCUUGCGCAGAAAGAAAAGUUCAGACCAAUCCGGGGAAGUCUGUGAAAAGUAAUGGCUACAUCUUAGUCAGUGCAAAUGGUGGUCUUAAUCAACAACGAGUUGCUAUUUGCAAUGCUGUUGCCGUGGCAUCUCUUCUUAAUGCAACUCUAGUUAUCCCAAAAUUUCUUUACAGUAACGUCUGGAAGGAUCCCAGCCAGUUUGGUGACAUAUACCAGGAGGAGUAUUUCAUCAAUACCCUGAAGGAUGAUAUCAGUAUUGAGAAGGAACUUCCACCUUAUAUGAAAUCUCUGGAUCCAGAAGCAAUUGGUAGCCAGAUUACAGAUGCAGAUCUCGCGAAGGAGGCCACAGCUGAUGACUAUAUUAAAACUGUGCUCCCUCUUCUUCUGAGAAAUGGAAUAGCUCACUUCCUUGGAUAUGGAAAUCGACUUGGUUUUGAUCCACUUCCUCCUGAUAUUCAGAGGUUAAGAUGCAAAUGCAACUUCCAUGCUUUGAAGUUCGCACCAAAAAUUCAACAAGCUGGCUCGCUGUUGAUCAAAAGGAUUAGAAAACACAGUGCUCCGCGAAGCAUGUUAGACACUCAGUUGCUGGGGAAAUUCAUCCACAACAAGGAAGAUCAUGCAGCUGCAGAGGGAUCAACAAAGUAUCUUGCUUUGCACUUAAGAUUUGAAAUAGAUAUGGUGGCCUAUUCCUUAUGUGAAUUUGGAGGUGGGGAAAGCGAGAGAAAGGAACUUCAAACCUACAGAGAAAGACAUUUUCCUCUGUUUUUAGAGCGCUUGAAAAAUUCAAAUAUCACUAUUUCUCCAAUGGAUUUGAGAAAAAGGGGAAGAUGCCCAUUGACACCAGAAGAAGCAGCACUUGUUCUAGCUGGUCUUGGUUUCAAAAGUGGAACUUACAUUUACUUGGCUGGUUCUCAUGUUUAUGGGGGAAACUCAAGAAUGGAGCCCUUCACUAGACUAUAUCCCAAUGUGGUUACAAAGGAAAACUUGCUUACACCCAAUGAGCUUGCACCUUUCAGAAACUUUUCAUCUCAGCUAGCUGCUUUGGAUCUUAUAGCUUGUGCAAGUGCUGAUGUAUUCGCCAUGACUGACUCUGGUAGCCAACUUUCAUCAUUGGUAUCUGGAUUCAGAACCUACUAUGGCGGCGGUCAUGCUCCUACCUUGCGGCCUAACAAGACAAGGCUAGCUACAAUUUUGACAGAGAACGGCACAAUAGGAUGGAAUGGUUUUGAAUUUAGAGUAAAGAAGAUGAUUCUGGAAGGUCAGAAGGCUGACAUGAGAAGCUAUGGCAGAAGUAUUUAUAGAAAUCCUAGGAGUCCUGAGUGCAUGUGCAAAUACCAUUAGCUAGUGCCUAAUGAUUGAUUUAGCAACCUCAACACUUGUUACAUUACAUGCUUUUUUAACCUUAAAAUUUUAAUAAUGCUUCAAUUUGUGUUUUAAGAUAAUUUAUGCAGUGAGUAACCUUGACUUAAUAUAUAACGCUUUUUUUAAGG